CUGGAGCGUGUGCGACUGAACUUGAAGUGAAUGUCUACGUCGCACUUCAGUCAGCAAGAUGGACAGGCUUGACUCUUAACCAGACCAGAUUGUCUAUUGUUCCUGAUAUCGUUCACGCUUCACAUUCUACCACUAAUCAGUUCUUUCUCCAUUCCCUCCAGUGCACAUGUCAUUGUUCUUCGCGGCAGAAUAAUGCCAGAACCUCUACAAAUGUUUACCGCUCCCUGCGCCUAGCAUCCAUCUCAUCUAUCAACCUUCCUCCAACGCGACAAUGUCUACCCUUAUAGAGUCGCCUGUCACCAUACCAGGAUCCUUCAUGCCUGAUCAAGACAGCCUGAUGUUUCGACCUGCGCGUUGCGGACCAUCUGUCUUUAUUCCACCUGCCACCGAUAAUAAUUCCUACCCACCAACUCCGACGUCGACAUCAUUCCCAAGCCACAGCCAACCGAUCUCAACUCAAACGGAUUACAACCACGAGACUAGUCGUAAGCGACCUCGUCUUACCACUGUCCGCAACCAGUCUCAGGAACAGGGGAGAAGUGCUUACGACUCUAAACGUUUAUCUUCCCUCCAAACACGAACACAAACACAAACUCCGUCUCGUGACGACGCCCUAAGUCCACCGCCGUUCGUCAGCACAGAUUACCGCAUGGCAGGAGGAGGCCUCGAUGCCCAACUUGCUUCGGGAGUGCAGGUGGAAGAGGAUGGCCACGAGUACGACUACGAAGCCGAUUGCCGACCCAGCAGAUUCGCUGCGCAGCACAAGCCCUUCCAGUCCGACUCUUAUUUCCCACUCUCAUCUACGCCUCAAGCCGAGCAAAGGGGCAAAAGAAGGCUAUCCUCAAACUCUCCGAAAGGGUGGGGCAAGACCGUCUGGGCCUUGACCGGAGGCAUUGCUGGGAAAGUAUUUAAUUUCUGCUGGGAGACUACAUUCAAGGGAUUCUAUGCCGGCGGAGGGAACGGAUACCAACUCCAGGUGGACAGUGGCUGCGAUUCGAAAACCUGGACGCAACAAGUCGGUAUAUCGCAGCAAGAUGUGUUUCAGAAUGACUACUCUGCCAGCCAAGACCGCGCACGAGAACGCACCCCAGUCCCAGGCGGGUUUCCAGAAGACCAACCCAACUUUAUCGAAGAUUACAUGUCCAAUCCAUCCCCGUCGCGAAUGAACGGUGCCGGUCCUAAAUUUUCUUAUGCUGCAACUCCAACCUUACAAAGAGGUGUAUCUUCGGCAUCAAGGAACGAAUGGGUCGUGGUAGGCGAGGAAGAUCAAGACCAAGAAGAUGACAACCAAGACUCCAUUUCAAGAGACGCCAGCCCAGUACGUAAGAAGUCAAGGGCGAGCACGGCGAGUCUCUAUGCGCGUCCAGCCCUGACAGCCAGACAAGCAAGCGGCUCAGCUCGACCGCGCAUGUCUUCGAGAUCCUCGUCGUCUACCAUCUACCAGAAACCAUCGAUUGGUUCUCUGUCAUCGGCUUCCUUUGCUUCUCCUCGCCGCACAUUUACAACUGUCAACAAUGGCAACACUGGCAGUCCAGCACUGCACGCCACUCGUCAAUCCGGUGGUCGAGGCAGCCAUGUCCAUACUGGUACAACUACAAUCACGUCACCGAAACGGCCAACUGGUAUCCAAAGCAGAAGCAGCAGCAAUAGUAGAGCUUCGCUAGCUUCGCUAGCUUCGCCACGCAGAUAUGCCAGUGCCAGCCAGCUAGCCACGGGAGCGGUCGGCGCAGGUCCAGAUGGCUUGUCUGAAACCCCUACUAUUAUUGUGUCCCCUCACCAUCAACCGUCCCCAGAAGUCCGCAAAUUUGAACAAAAACUGCGUCGCAAGGAGGCCAAGCAGGACGAAACGAUGAACCGGUUCAACGCGCAGUUGCAGGCUAUGAUUCGGGAAGGACAACAGGCUCUCGGGGCGAAAGUUGAAGUCGAACUUGUGGACGAAGACGAUGAUGAUGAUGACGACGCAGUGGAUGGCUGAUCAUGCCAUGGAUGGGCAAGGUGUCGGCGAGGAUGGUAGAAAGGGACCGGCAGCUCGAGCGCGGAGCAGGGGCUCUCAAAGGACGAAAGGUGCUUCGCGCCAGAUAAGGUGCCCGUCCUACAGCACUUGACCGGUAGCCUAAACUCGCUCAAGGACGCCCAUCUACGUGCCCAGGUACCCGGAUACCUAGGUUAGCUACAUGGCUUUAACAAUGGCGUGGUGCUUGACUGAGCAAGCGCAUUGAUUGAUUGAUCGAUUCAUUCAUUGAUCGUUCAUCCAUUUUCCCAGAGUUUCCAAGUCCAAUCGAUUGGCACUUUACAAAGGGCCAUAGUAGCCCAAUGACGGAGGGCAAAGGUUAGGUACCUACAUGUACUACUCAAGUCCUCCUAGCUACCUAGGUAGUCGUACUUGUGCAUGACGCAUAGAUACCGUACCAACGGUAGGCAGGUGAAUAAGCAGUAGGCAUGGAUGGGCUUGUGAUUUGAGGCUAGGCCUUCAAGUUGGGAUUCAAGUUGUGAGUUCUGUCGGGCAGACUGGUAAUCACAGUACGUUCACAUGAUACCACAUGCAAACUGGUACAGGUACUAACAGAUACCUAUACUUGUCAGCGUCAGCGCCUGGUGUCUGUUGAAUCGGGGUCCAGCGGCGGCGGCGGCGGCGGCGGUUGCGGUUGCGGUGCCCGUUGUGGUUGUGGUUGUGAAUGUAUCUCCUCUUCUCUCUGUGUCUGCCUCUGUUGAUUCUAUUUCAGCUGCCAGUGGAGCAGGUUGAGACUCAUCCUCCGACAAGCGUCGUCUAGCGGCAAGAAUCGACUCGCGAAGACCGGAUAGCCGUUGUGUCCUGGCUUGGUGCUCGAGUAUGCAUUGUUGUUGAUUGAUGAAUGUUUCGGCUUCGGGUUCUGAUUCAGAUUUCGGGGAAGAUUGUAGCUGUGAUUUUCCUGUUUUGUCCCAUGAGGAGAUGAAAUCUGUAAUACCACCACCACCAGCAGUAACAGCAGAAGAAGAAGGAAAUCCCGCAGGGUUGCCAUUUAGGAUAUAAUCCCCCCACUGGCGCUCAGCAGCGAACGCAUGGUAAAUUUGAUCUUUCAGCGCGUCGUAUUCCUGCUCUGACAAUUCAAAUUCUUCAGAGUUGUCGUUUGGUUCUGAUGAUGCC